AUGCGAUUCUCCACGCUUAUCCCGUUCACCCUUCUUUCUCUCGCCGCUGCACAGAAUGAUGAUGCUGCACAGAAUGAUGCUGCAGUUGUUGCAGGAACUGUUUGGUCUGAAACAGACUAUAAAGGAGUGAGUAAAGCCAUUGGGCUCGCACGCUGCAAUCAGCUUAGGCCACCACUAACGAAUGCUAGCGCUGGCCAUGUCCGCUCUAUCAAGGUCUCCAAUGGCUACGAUUGUCGUACAUACUCCUUACGAGUUGGCAGUCUGCAGAAUUGCUUUGGUGCCGUUACCGACUACCCCGACAGCGUUCCCAAUACACGAGGCAAGCCCCCGAUCAACUCCAUUCAGUGCUUCAAGACUCAGUGA